AUGAAAGUCCCUUUGCCUCUCAACAAUUUGAAGAAGCUCGUCCUAAUUGGCUGCCGCAAAUGUGGAGAACUCCCGAUACUAGGCCAUCUACUGUUCCUUAGAGAUGUGGAGAUAAAUGGUAUGGAUAACCUAAAACGCUUUGGAAGUGAAAUUUAUGGUUAUGAUCUUGUUUACGAGGCUACACGAGAGAAGGAGACGAUAGUCUUAUUUCCAGCACUAAAAACAUUAAGAAUUUACCACUGCCGUGAGCUAAUUGAAUGGAUGGAAGCACCCACAACGACGACGACAAAAGUAGAGGUGUUCCCUUGCUUGGAGGAGUUGACGAUCAAAUAUUGUCCAAGUAUUGGGUUCAUUCCAAUUCCCUACAGCAUGGCAUCCCUCCGCGAACUGCGGAUUGGCAGCUGUGAUGCAUUAUCUAGUAUUGGCCAACUCGAUCAUUGCACCUCUCUACAAGAAUUGGAGAUUGAAAGCUGUAAUGCAUUAUCUAGUAUUGGCCUAGAGGGCCUUUCAUCCCUCCGCGAACUGUGGAUUAGAAGCUGUUAUGCAUUAUCUAGUAUUGGCCAACUCGAUCAUUGCACCUCUCUACAGGAAUUGGCGAUUGACAGCUGUAAUGCAUUAUCUAGUAUUGGCCAACUCGAUCAUUGCACCUCUCUACAGGAACUGUGGAUUUAUAUGUGUAAUGCAUUAUCUAGUAUUGGCCAACUCGAUCAUUGCACCUCUCUACAGAAAUUGGAGAUUGACAGGUGUGAUGCAUUAUCUAGUAUUGGCCUAGAGGGCCUUUCAUCCCUCCGCGAACUGCGGAUUGAAUGGUGUGAUGCAUUAUCUAGUAUUGGCCAACUCGAUCAUUGCACCUCUCUACAGAAAUUGAAGAUUUACAGCUGUAAGGCAUUAUCUAGUAUUGGCCUAACAUCCUCACAGGGCCUUCCAUCUCUCCGGGAAUUGAUUAUUGGACGCUGUCAUGAAUUAUCAGCCCUACCGAGCGGGAUUGAAAACUGCACCUCUCUUGAGCUAUUAGAGGUAAUCGGAUGUGAUAAUCUAGCGACCGUUUCGUUUACACGAGUCCUCCCAUCCCUCCGUAAAUUGCAAGUUGGGGGCUGCUUUGAUCUAGCGACCAUUUCGUUUACACGAGUCCUCCCAUCCCUCCGUAAAUUGCAAGUUGGGGGCUGCAAUAAUCUAUCUUGCUUGGCUGUCCCGGAAUACUGUCCCUCGCUUCAGGAGUUGAGUGUAAUCCGAUGCCCCAAGCUAGCAUCCGUUACAUUUUCUACGGAUUUGAAUCCAUGUCUUGAGGAGUUGAUUAUAGGGUACUGCAACGGUCUACAAUCUCUUCCAGAUUUCCGCAGUUUCACAUCCCUCCGUGAAUUGUCUGUUAGAGGGUGUGCGGGGAUAGGAAGUCUAGUGAGUGAGUUUCAUCUCCCGGUGUCUCUGGAGAAGUUGCGGAUUCGUGAGUUCCAUAAUCUGGAGAGUAUUCCACGAUUAGAGGAAUGCACAUACCUUCGUGAAUUCGGGGUUGGUUAUUGUGACAAAUUGAAGUUUCUACCGACAGGGCUGAGCUGCCUCGCUCGUCUGGAGAAGUUGUCGUUAGGCCCUUUCUGGGAGGACCUCGACUCUUUCCCUGAUUUUCAAGUUCCAUCCCAACAACUUGUCUCAUUAGAGUUGUACGGGUGGCCUAAGCUCAAGUCUCUUCCUCAACAAGUUCAACACUUGACUUCGCUUACAAGGUUGGAAAUAAGUUCUUUCAAUGGAGUGGAGACUUUACCAGAGUGGCUGGGCAACCUUGCAUCUCUCGUGGAGCUGAUUAUUUUCAGGUGUGAUAAUCUCAAGUGUCUACCUUCUCUCGAAGCAAUGCAACGCCUCACCAAAUUACAGCAUCUACGUGUUUUAUGUUGUCAUCAUCUAAAACAAAGAUGCACCAAGGACAUCGGCGAAGAAUGGCCCAAGAUUUCUCACAUUCCAGAUAUCAGAAUUGAUUGGUGAUCAAUUUGAAGCCAUGCAAUGCCUCAGUGAAGUACCCACGUUUUGAUGGACAUGGCUUUCAUGUUUCAAGAGAAAGAUGUACGUACCUGGUUUUGCGGGAGUUUGUGUUGAGCAAAUUUAAUCAAUUCUUCUCUCUAAAAGCCGAGUAAGUCUUCUUUUUACCAUAAAUGAUUUGGUAUUUUCAUAUAAACUAUUAUAUUAUGUCAUAAAGUAUCUAACAGUAUCAUGUAGAUUAAUCCUUCUGACUUCGUAACAAUCAUAAACAGUACAAACACUAACACAAUAGCCAUGCUUGAAAACAGAUUAUUUCGUAAUGAUAUACAUACCUGAAAACAGUUUCUUCUGCAAAUCUCUGUCUGAGGAUCCACAGAACGGUGGGGAUUGAGAUUACUAAGGUGUUAAAAGAAUACGGGCACCCUGGACAUAUUUAUAGCGAUCCUAAUACUAAAGCAAUUAGGUCCUCCUCUUUAUUCUGUAUCAAUGUAAUUUCACCUACAUGUUAGCCAAGUUUCCCAAUACGAAUAAAAAAUUCUCAUAGUUUCAGGAGAAGAAGCACUGUUCUAGAAGGUGAAUUUAUCUAUUUUCAAUUCCAACAUAAAAUCAGUUUCAAGGGCAAUCCUGAAUGAAAUGAAGAGCAGUAAAAUCCAAUCAGAGGAAAAAGGGGAUCUGGAUUCAAAUACUAGAAAAGAAACUCCGAAGUUUUCCCAGCAAUUCAAACCUAACGAGACGAGUGGGUCAACAAACAAUAGAUUCAAAACAGAAGCAAAACCUGAUCUCCGGAAUCGGCAGUGAGUCGCGGCGGAUGAGGCAGGCCAUCGGAGGAGGUUUGCGGCCGGCGUAUCUCUCCCCAUCAAGCUUUAUUUUUUUAUCGAAAGGUUCUCUUCUCCUAUGAUUUAUGUAGACCAAAUGUUUAACAGGCUCAGAGGAAUGAGCCCCAAAAGAAAACCAGCCCAAAAUGAAAUCCUCCCAUUCUAAAAGAAAAUAGUAUCAGACUAAUCAGGUCUUGUUCCUCCCUGAGUCCCUAUACUCAAUCUCAGUAAUCAGAAAACAUACCCAGCAUACCAUUAUGUAUACAGAUGAGAGAUCAUGGUUACAGAGAGAUGCUGACCUCUGCAAGCAUAUUCUAAGAGCUCCUACGCAAACAUAGUUAACAUACAUUGAUACAAACAUGUAUAUUUCAUUCUAAGGUGGCUCUUCCUGUCACUUAAUAUGACAUCAAUCACAUCAUGGUCAUAUCAGCAAAGAUGAACCAAGUUCUGUAGAAAAUCAACACACAGCUUUCACCUCCGAAACAUGAAACUUCUAUGGUAACAUUAGUGCGACAUAAAGAUGGAGACAAAGAAUCACAUCACACAUUAGCCAAACCAGCUCACAAAAUUAACACAAGAGAAUGCAAAAGUAUACCUCCCCACUCAUCUUGAAUUCCAAUACCUUUAAUCAUAUGCCAUUAAGAAAAGCUUCAUCUUCUCAAGCGCAUCCCUCGGAGAAGUAGGCGGGUUGUGAUCAAAUAUUUGGCCGACUACCCUAUACAAAACCUUGACUCAAACUCAAUCUGCAAAACAAAAAAAACAGAAAAGGCCAAGGUGAAUACUAGGAUCAGUGAAUAUAAAGAGCUACAAAAUGAAAGAUUUUAUUCGUUUACUACUAUGAACCCUACUACUCAAGUGCUGAUCCUAUCACCUUUGAACGAUGCAACUCACAGAACAAUUGUAUGGCUUUUCUGUUAGAGAUAAGAUGUCAAUAUACAUGAUGUAUAGAUUCGUUACUAUAUACAAUCCAUGAUGUAUAGAUUCAUUUCAUAUCCACUUUGAGUUUGAGAGUUAUUAGUUUUGUACAUGGUGUUAUAUAUGGUCUUCGUCACUUCAAUUAUUUGCA